AUGGGAAAUCGCAGAAAGUUGAAUAUCAUUCAAAAUGAUGGUCAAUCACAAGCAAAAGAGCAAUCAAUUGAAAGCUCUACUGAAGUGAACCAAAAUAACAACUAUAUACUUGAAGAAAAUGCACAAUUUGAAGGAGAACAACACAUACAAGAAGAUAGUCAUGUUCAGUCUCAUACUUCUCUUGAAAGUGCAAGUGAAAGUUCAACUAAAGGUAAAAAGAAAACUAGAGGUUAUACACAUAUGCUAGAUGUGUGGGACUUGCCAGAUGGAGAAUUCAUACUUGUUGAAGUAAAUCAUUGGGGCAAUCCUAUGGGUUGGGAAGGGAAAACUCUACUGAAUGUAAUUGGGAGCUUGGUAAGGAGACACCAAUGUGCUCCUAUCAAUUUUCUUAGCUGGAAAGACAUGCCUAAGGACUAUAUUACUGACAUGGUUGAAUUAAUUCAGGUCUGGUAUAAAACUUUAUAAGUGUUGUUUCAUCUUGCUUCUUGUAAAAUUUUAUGUCUUCUAAUGUCUAACAAAAUGAUCUUUUUUGUUUGUUAA